AUGUCGGAGAACGCGAGGAGGAUCAGCUCUGUGCCUCCUGCUUCCCGGGCACAACUCAAGUCGUACCCAACAAGGAGUUUGUCAUCAGCGGCUUCAGGGAACGAGGGCAAGAGCAUGAAAGUGGCAGUUGUAGGAUGUGGACCAGCAGGAUUCUACACUGCACGGGACAUCAUGAAGGGGUUGGAGAACGUCGAGGUCGACUUCAUUGAGAUGCUCCCAACGCCAUACGGCCUCGUGCGCUAUGGAGUGGCUCCCGAUCAUGCCGACACAAAGAAUGUCACCGCUGAAUUCGAUCGCGUAUUGCAAGAUCCACGAUGUCAAUUCAUGGGACACGUCUGUGUCGGCAAGGACGUCAGCCUUGCCGAUCUACGAGCCAUGUAUCAUGCAGUCGUGCUGUCCUAUGGUGCGGCAGCUGAUCGGGACCUGGGGAUCGAGGGGGAGACCAUGGAGGGAUCGCUCUCCGCCCGGUCGUUCGUCAACUGGUACAACGGGCACCCAUUCUACACGGACUUGAUCUCUAGCCUCGAGUCCAUCUCCAGCGUCUCGAUCAUCGGGAAUGGCAACGUAGCUAUCGAUAUCGGCAGGAUCCUCCUCAAACCUGUUCCGGAGCUUGCCAAGACAGACAUCGCAGAUCAUGCAAUUGAAGUCCUCAGCAAGAGCAAGGUAGAGGACGUGCACAUCAUAGGAAGGAGAGGUGUAGCCCAGGCGGCAUGGACCAUCGCUGAGUUGCGAGAGAUCAUCAACUUGCAGGGGAUCAACACUCACAUCCUCCCCGAGGAGAUUCAACUGGAUGCCAUCGAUGCAGAGACGGUUGCGAAGAAGCGACCGACAAAGCGAAUGGUGGAACUGGUUCAACAGACAGCAGGCAAGCCCAAGACUUCCGAUGCCAGGAAGAAUCUUCACCUUCACUUCUUACAAUCUCCCGUGAGGGUGCUAGCUGACGACAAGAAUCCCUCCAAGGUUGGAGCGAUCGAGCUUAGAAAGAAUGCCCUUGAAGGCCCAGCAGAGAAGAGAAAAGCCGUGCCGACCGACUCGACCAAAACCCUCCCUUGCUCCAUGCUCCUGCGCUCGGUCGGCUACAAAAGUCUGCCCAUGGAAGGCGCUCCUUUCGACACCAAGGUCCUAUCGCCCCCUUACUUCCAACUUCACAUUGUGCCUAACGAAGGCGGGAAUGUAGAGCCUGGUCUCUACGUGAGCGGGUGGCUGCGUCGGGGGCCCAGCGGGAUCAUCGGCACCAACAUCACAGAUGGACAUCAGACGGCGACCUCUGUCUUGCGCCACUGGGGUGAAGCAGGAGCUCUCGAGGCCUCGAAGCCUGGGAGGGAGGGGCUGAAGCAGCUGCUGGCGAAGAAGGGAGUAGAGGUUGUGAGCCUCGAUGGAUGGAGGCGAAUCGACCAGCUAGAGAAGGUUGGGGAGGACGUGGUGGUGCGGAGCAGCGAGGAUGAACGUGUGUGGCAGGAGAUGGGAGCGAGGGCUGGGAGACCACGAGUGAAGGUGACAAGUGAAGGGUGCGGAGAAAGGAGCGAGGUGACUUGA